AUGGGUAACAUUAUUACCCGCAUCUCCCUUGCUCUCCGACUUCUUGUUGAACUCGAUGAAGAAUACCACGCCGUUGAAGCGCGCUUGAAGCAUUCUCCUGGCUUGCCUGUCGCCAACCCCACAGUGCCACUCUGGACGGUCCCGCCAUCGCCCAUCGCGAAGCAUCGCCCAGAUGCGCUUCCCCGCCACGCAGAUGUGGUUAUCAUUGGGUCCGGCAUCACUGGGACAUCUGUCGCGCGCACGCUGCUCGAUCAUGCAUCCGAACGUGAAGAAAAGGGAUCCGCGAGAAACGCUGACAGGCUCAGCGUCGUGAUGCUAGAGGCGCGCGAUGUUUGUUCAGGUGCUACAGGGCGGAAUGGCGGACAUAUCAACCCGCCCCUCUUCCAUGAUUUUCCCGAGCUCGAAUCACGUCACGGACUUGACGUCGCCCGUCAAAUCAUCCGCUUUCGCCUCGCGCACCUGCCUGCGCUCAGGCGCGUUGCUGAAGAAGAAGACGCGUUCGAGAUCAGCCAGAUCCGCGAUGUCGAGAGCCUCGACGUUCAUUACGAGCGGGCAACAUUUGAGAAGGCCGUGGCGGCGCUGAACGUCUGGAAGAAGGACAUGCCGGACGAGUCGCAGGGGGUGUAUGUGUUGGAAGGCGGGGAAGCCAUACAGUCGCCCUUUAAGUUCGGUCUCGCAUUACAAACGGUGGGAUGCAUCGUCACCCCCGCAGGCGCCGCGCACCCCUACCGUCUCGUCACAUCUAUCCUCUCCAACCUCCUCAAACGCUACCCGACUAAUUUCCAUCUGUCGACCCAAACGCCAUGCACGCACAUCGACGCGCCUUCGGCGACAACCCCCCUCUACACCGUCCAUACGUCGCAAGGAACGUUAACGACGCCGCACAUCGUGCACGCGACGAAUGGGUGGACGCCUCACCUGCUCGCCCCCCUACGAACCAAGAUCCUACCCGUACGCGGACUGAUGUCUGCACAGCGCCCGGGCCAAUCCCUCUCGACCCACAGCACACACCAUGGCGCGCGCUCGCACAUCUUCUACGCCGGACCCACCGGAUACGACUACCUCACGCAGCUCCCCUUGGGCGAGCACGAGCUCAUGUUCGGCGGCGGCGCGGCGCAAGGCGGACGGACGAUCCUGCCCGAGGUGGGCAACGCCGACGAUAGCGGAUACAACAUGGCGAUCGCAAGCCACAUAUCGGGCGCCCUCCCGGAGUAUUUCGGCGCGGACCACUGGGGCCGGGAGGGCACGCCGCAGGAGGACAAUGACGCACAGGUCAUGUGGAGGCGGGGAAGGGUCAAGGGGCUGUGGACCGGGAUUCUGGGGAUAUCGGUGGACGGGCUGCCAUGGGUGGGCCGCGUGCCUGAGAAAGUCUCUGGGCGGAGAGCGCCUUCGGGCGCCGCUGUGUCUGGCCCGAAGACAGGGACAGAGCUGGAGGGCGCACCACCGCCGAUGACGCCACCAGGGGAGUGGAUGUCGGCGGGCUACUCUGGGGAAGGAAUGGUGAACGCCUGGAUGUGCGGGCGCGCGCUGGCGUGCAUGAUGCUCGGCCGAGAGGCAGAGCGCGAGGCGCGGUUGAGAGAAUGGUUCCCUGACGUGAUGCGCGUCACGGAGAAGCGAUGGCGCAAAGCAUCGCUCGAAGAUUUUGCUAGUCGUUUCUGAUAGUGGGUUGUGCGUCUGAUAAAUGUAGGUUGUGCAUAUGCGCUUUGAUUUAUCUUAUAUAGGAAUU